GUUUGGCUUUCCAUACGGAGUUUUCUCACUUAACGUACUACGAUGAUUCUCGUGAAUUAUUUUUUGAUUUUUAUCGUUAAUCCACUUACAGUAAUUGUCCUACAUUAACGCAGGUGCAUAAGCUUCGUGGUCUACAUUUCAUGAGUGACCCAGACAAUUAAUUCACUUCAUAAUUACCUAGCAAGGAAGCUGUGAAAGAUACAGGCAUGUCACGCUCCUCAAACAUCCGCGUGCGCCUGCUCUUCGACGAUUGCACACCAUUUCGCCCCGGUAGUGUCGGCAGGAGAAAGUGUUGGUUUCUGCUCAACAUCGAUGCGUGCCGGAGAAUUACUGAUGUGGAGUAUUGCAUUCAGAAUACAUUCCACCUCGGAAGGUCAUCUCAGAUUGAACUCCUGUUAGACGAUUUUGUUCUUCCCCCAUUUGAAAAGUCGGAGAUCAUUAAAGAAAAUGAUUUAAUCAGGGUGAGGUUUCUUGGUGAAGGUGGUUUAAAGCCAGAUGAAAUUGAGGUAAAGGAACUGCGUGAUGCUGAACCGAAGCAAGCAAGCAAGAGGAAGAAAGCUAAUACAGAGGCCAAGCUGGUCGGGAGUAGUGAAGGCAACAUGGCCCGUACUUCAAGAGCUAAAAGGAAAAAGGCUUGUAGAGAAAAGAAGGGGACUAACAAUAAGGCGAGGCAUGAAGACAGAUUGAUGAAUGAUGGAAUGGCAUUCCAGGGAAAGGAGAAAAUAACAGAAGCUGAACAAACAAGCAGAUUAGAUUCUUUAGCUUGCUCUCCUUCAGCCAAGAAUGGCACCCCAAAAUAUUCUGCUAGAGUUCACAAACGUUCAACUAAGAAUGGUCAGGCCCCUCUUAGGCAUGGUUCCAGCUCCUCAUCAGAUUCCAGCUCAGAAGAUGGUGAGCAGUCAAGGGCAAUCUCGAAGGCUAAAAGUUUUCGCAAAGUUGUAGGCAGGAGAAAGGUGCGACCAUCGAAGUCACUGAUGCAAUCGUCCACUCAAGCGCAAAGUUCUGUGAAUCCCGGAACGUCUGUUCUUCAUGCAGGGGGCUCAGGAAGUAAACAAAUCAAAACCAAUGUGAGCAAAAUCAAGUGUAAUGGAUCCGGGCCGUUGCAUUCCGACUCCGAGUCGAGCUCGACUGAAGAGGAGACGGUAGCUAGAAAGAGAAAACCUUCUCUGAAGAGUUCAGGCUCAGGACUUCUCGGCAAAACACCAGUGGCUAACAUCGUGAAGAGUGGUAAGAAUAAAAGAAAUGGCGUGACAAGAACUGAAAGUACCUCCACCUCUUCGUCUGUUUCUUCUAUGUCCUCUGCAUCUUCCUCAUCAGACUCUGGUGAACAUCCUCCUGGGCAACUUCAACAGAAGCAAACCAUGAAGAACAAUACUGAGCCAGGAGUGGCCUUGACAAAAAAGCCAGCAGAACUCCCUAAAUGUCCAGUUCAAGGGAAAGAGCUCUCCUCCACCAGGAGUGCUUCGUUGAAGAAAUCAGUGUCAAAGUCCUCUGUUGGGCAUGUCAGGUUUUCAUCAGACUCUGACUCUGGUGAAUCCGAAGCAGGAGGUGGUAUGCAACCUUCUGCUACAGCAAGGCCGCUUUCAGGUCAACCAGCCCAACAAAAAAACCUUGAGCCAAGAAUUCCCAUGGUCGAAACAGGGACAACUGAAGACAAUCCAAUGGAGCUAGAAGAACCAUAUAAUGGUGUUAGCGAGAUACAGGGAAAAAGAUCUGAGCAUUGUAACAACCUUUCUUCUUUGGAUGAGUCUAAUUGCAGUACACCAGGUGGGAUACAGGCAAAGCUGUUGAACAUUGCCGGACAGAAACCCAAGCAGUCCACGAAACAAACAAAACUCACGAAGCCAGAACAGCCCAAGAAGCCAGUUCAGCCCAAGAAACCAGUUCAGCCCAAGAAGCCCAAGGACUACAGCAGCUACCCACCUUUAGUUGGACCCCCACGUUCUGGGGAUAUCAUUGCAUACAAGAUUCUGGAGCUCUCGGGUCUGUACACACCUGAAGUAUCGGGUUAUAAGGAAGGAGAAGUGAUCAACUUCAAUCAUUCUAACUCCAUGAUGGAGCUCCGACUCAGUGAUGUGGCAAUGGCAGCAGAGCCAAAGAGAGAUGGUGGAAAGUUUGAGAUGGAACCAGAGGAGAAUGACGAGCAAUCCAAACCUGCCCCGAUAGACAGACUGGUAUUGGUGACCUUACCCUCUCUGAUUGAGCCCAAGCUGAUCACAUAACCUUGGGUCAACUUUGACCCGACAGAGUUGACCUUCAGACAGAGUCGACCUCUACUGUAGGAAGAUUUUCUUACCUGUAUACUGCUAUGGCAGCUGUAUAUGCAGUUUUAUUCUUUUUUCUUCUUUUUUUACAUUACCAUUUAUGAAUUAUGUUAAAUUCAACUGUCAGAAGGCAGAACAGUUUCAUGAUGAAAUUAUGAAAUUUACUAUAUUACCUGUAUCAGACAUCUGAGCAGUGGUUUUACAAAAUCAUAUUACACUUGUUGCAAUCCUAAAAGAGCUAAGCAGUAAUAUAAGACCAUAUUACCCUCUCAUGAAAAAGCCUAUGGACUUUACGUGUUAGAAAAGCAGUAAAUAUAAGACCAUAUUCUUUGCGCUGUAUUUUGUCAUUUUCAUUGCGCAUCUAUUAUGCGUACGAGAACCUGCGCACUUUGCGCACACUCUAUUGUGACGUUAUAAUCACACCAAAGGCACACUGUUUGCAGUAUUUCAAAAAUUUCAUCAAGCAGCUGAAUGCACAGUGCUGGUUUGUCAAAGUUUUUUCAGUUCUUUGAGAUUGUCAUGGUUGAUUUAUGUAUUUGCUCGAGAUGUCCGAUUUGGAUAACAAUAACAAUGUUGACUGGCUUAACUUUCGGGAGAUACCACAUAUAUUGCCCUCACAAGACCCAUAUUGACCUCGUCUUUGACCCGGGGCAAAAUGAGUCUAGUUUGGGAAAUAUUAUGUGGUAUCUCCCUCAAGGCCAGUCCAUAUUAUAUAAAUGUUCUUGAGAUAUGAGCAAACUCUGACAUUAAUUUGAUGGAUAUUGAGACUAAACAUAUUGGUGUUUGGGGUAAUCACCCAAGAUACUUAAAUGUAUCUGAUGUGUUGUAAUUGCACUAGAAAAUGCAAUAGUGCUGAAAUGCGGAUCAGUACUGUUUCUGUCUGACAUUGAAUGCAAAAGCUUUGACAAGAUGAAAGUUAUGGUGUUCAAGAAGGGUUUUACAUUAGUUUUUCUUCUCUUCGAAGCCAAAAGAGCACUCUCUCUCAUCCAACUUAUUCAUACCCCUUGAAAAUGAUAUGUCUAUUGUUUUAAUACAGUGGGACCUUUUUAUAACGAGGUCCUUGAGGCCAUAGAAAUGACCUUGUUAUAUCAGGAAUCUUGUUUAUCAGGGUAAAAAAAACCAGAAGAAUAUAAAGAACUGGGAUCAGCAAAAUCACCUUUUUAUAAAAGAUACCUUGUUAGAUCAGAGCUCUUAUGAUUAGGCUCCACUGUAGUCUUUCAAGAAUCAAGGGUGGACUGGUUGAAUUAGGGCCUUUGGUGUAUAAUUUUAAAUGUAAGGGUUAAAGCCCUGCUGCACUACUUAUAGCUACUUGUGCCCUCUAUACAGCCAACAAUGCCCAAGCGGUACCCGUUGAUUCCCCAU